GAAACCAUGAAGUUCACCAACCUCGUCUGCUUUGCUACCGCGACAGUCGCCUCGUCUCUCGAGACGCGCCAGUCGUCAAAGACGGCUGUCGUCGACCUCUCUGCACGCCGCGGCACCCCCAACCAGCUUGCCAGUGGCAUCUUGUACGGCAUCCCCGACACGGCGAACCAGAUCCCCGACAAGUUCUACACGGAGCCCAAGCUGCACUACUUCCGGGCGGGCGGCGCGCAGCUAUUUCGAGCCGGUCAGCGCGGCUGGCACUACAACGAGUACACGGCCCGAUUCCAGUCGACCCUCAGCAACUACCGCACUGCUCGCAAGUACGGCGGCGAGUUCCAGCUGCUGCCCCACGAUAUCUGGGGCACGGAUACUACGAACUCGUCGACCGUCUGGCCGGGCGACGGCGGCGACUGGACAAAUUAUGAAGCGUUUCUCGAUCGCCUCAUUGCCGAUAUCAAGGCCAAUAACAUGAUUCCAGGACUCAAAAUCGAUACCUGGAAUGAGCCCAAUCUGAGCAUCUUCUGGAAACGCUCGGCGGAUCAGUGGCUCGAGUUGUGGAAGCGCACGUAUCAGAAGUUCCGUGCGGACAGCGCCGUCAAAUCCGUGCCCAUUGUCGGGCCCUCGCUCAACGUCGGACCCAACCCGAGCAACACGUGGUGGGUGCAGUUCAUGAAGUACAUUGUCGCCAACAAUGUUGCUCCCGACGAGUACACCUGGCAUCUGCUGAGCGGGUCGACGGGCCAGAGCAACGACAUGCGCUUCAGCGCGCCGGCCAUGGACCAGUUUUUCGCUAGCACGGGGGCGCCGCGCCGUCCGUUCUGCGUGAACGAAUAUAUCAACUCUGGCGACGAACGCAUGAACGCCGCAAAUGCAUGGCACAUUGCGCGCCUCGAGCACUACAAUACGACUGGGCUGCGCGCAAACUGGCUGUCCGGCAGCCAGCUGCACGAUUUCCUCGCCGAGCUCAUCUAUCGCCCCAAUGCGGCGUCUGCGUACCAGCCGAAUGGCAACUGGCAGCUGUACCGGUACUACGCGCAGAACAUGACGGGCGUGCGUCUGGGCACCGACGGCUCGAGCGACGGCGCCUUUGACGUCUUCGCCACUCUAUCCGAUGCAGGUGCCGUGCGUAUUCUCGGCGGCGUACGAGCUCAGUCCGGGACCUGGCAGAUCCAAGUCACUAAUAUGCAGGCGCUGGGGUUCCCCGCUAGCGGCCGGGUCGCGGUCAGGACACUCGCGUUUGUCGAUGUGGGGGCCCAGGGCGUGUCGAAUGGGCCGACGGAUCGCGGCACGGCGAAGAUCAACUACUCUGGUGGUGUGCUGACGCUCUCCGUCGUGCAAACUGGGCAGGAUCUCAAGACUGCGUGGGCGUUUGAGUUCCAGAAACCGUGAGUGUGGAUGUGCCGGUAUGAGUGUCUGUUAUCAAGGAGACAUUCAGCCUCAUGUUACACGCUAGAGUCGUGUCGUCGAUCCAAGAUUUCUUCUGUAAAUAUUGCUU